UCCCUUUCGCGGCCGUGCGUGCCUCGAUCUGUCUGCGCCUGGCCUCGGGGGAAGAGAAACCAUGGCGCCCAACGAAGAGGAGAGCGGCGCCGGUAACGGGUCCGUGGAAGAGAAGGAGAAUGUCAAGAAGAUGCUUCGGCCUCGCAGCUCGGUGACCACAGCCUGGCUGAUCUUCUACAACAUCACCAUGACGGCCGGGUGGCUUGUACUGGCUAUUGCCAUGGCCCGAUUCUAUAUGGACAAAGGAACAUACAAAGGCUUAUAUAAAAGCAUUCAAAAGACACUUAAAUUUUUUCAGACUUUUGCUUUGCUUGAGAUAAUCCACUGUGCGGUUGGAGUAGUGCACACAUCUGUGCUUGUGACGGGGGUCCAAUUGAGUUCCAGAAUCUUCAUGGUGUGGUUUGUUACACAUAGUAUAAAACAGACGAACAUGGAAAUGCCAAUCUUAAAUGCAUUCGCUGGAAGAUCAUUUCUUAUUGCACAAAAAAGUGAGAAGAAAAGUCUGGUUACCUAUAUAUUCAUGACUGCCUUACACCAUUUUUGUUGGAUGGAGUGCAGAUUUAUUAUAAUAAGGUACAAUUUUUUCAUCAUCCUAUAUCCAGUAGGAGUUGUUGGUGAGCUUCUAACAAUAUAUGCAGCAUUACCCUUUGUGAAGAGAUCAGGCAUGUUUUCAGUGAGACUUCCCAACAAAUAUAAUGUGUCUUUUGACUACUACUAUUUUCUGCUCAUCAUCAUGGCCUCUUAUAUACCAUUGUUUCCACAACUGUACUUUCACAUGCUACGUCAAAGAAGGAAAGUGCUUCAUGGAGAAGUGAUUGUAGAAAAGGACGAUUAAAACAAACUUUGUAAUCAUGGUGCUUUUUCAGAGUAACAAUCAAAUCCUUCAUGUUACCAAGUUUGAUCUGGAAAUUAUGGGACAAAAUAAAAUCAACACAGAUCAUGAUAUUUUGUAGCAUGCAUAUUCCCAAGGGCUUAUAUGAAAUUUUAGUCUUAUUUUUCAAGCUGUUUUAUAUGCUUUUGGUCACACAUCUCAGCAGAAGUUGAGAAAGAUUGGAAUUUGUUAUUCAGAAAUUCCCAUUCAUCAUUUUAAAUCAUAAUUAAUUAUUUAAUUGAGAUUAUUGCACUAGCCUAUUUGGCUAACCUUUACUUAGGAAAUGCUCACAAAAUCUUUUUACCUGUCCUUGAAGGUAAAGGCAGCUUUGAGUCAAUUAGUAGUGACAACCUGGAACAAAACUGUGUAGUUUUUGUGACAAUACUAUGGAAACAGCAUACCAUUGCCUUUUUUUAGAUGUUUUUAUUUUCCAUGGCUGGGCUACAACCUUGCUGUUUUCCUUUGUGAUUAACAUCCGCAUGCUAACCAGGUGUAAGCUUAGUUAGCUUUAGAACCUGGCCAAAUAAUGCCACCUCCUAAGGAGCAUUUGAAAGUAGUUGGAAGAGGCAUGUGACCACCUCUUUCUAUGUUAUAAGAUAAUGCUUAAGGGCCCAGAGUAAUGAAAACAGUUUUCUUUGUUAACAACACUGCAUUUAUAAAUUUUGAUUUCAGGCUUAGAGUUUUUAACCAAUCUUAAACUUAACAUUCAUUAGAAUUAUUUGCAUUGAAUAUGAAUAAUUUUUAAAAGCAUCCCCAUGAAAUAAUUACAAUAAUGUAAAUGAAUAUUAAAAAUAGAAAAUAAAAUAAAUAGAAAUAGAUAAUAGAAAUUAGUCUUAAAUAUAGAAUAAUUCAUAACUGGAAGCAGCUAACAAGCAGAUAAAUGCAAUAUCUCUACAAAUCCAAACCUGCUAAAAUCCAGAAUAAUUUUUAAAAGGAACAUUUAAGUACACAAAUAAAUUUUAAAUAACUGUCAAAAAAGCAUUUUUGUAUUAAAAAAAUAUGUAUACAAAAUGUAUGAAAACAUUUUCACCCACUAGUUAUGGGAUGAAAAACCAUGAUAAACACAGUCAAUUUUUGGUGUAGCAUGGUGAUGUUUAAUGGUUCUUAAUUUUUUUAACUCUUCUGGUUAAACAGCAGAGCAGAGGUUAAAGUUGCAGAGUGGGAUUCAAAGAAGCAGACAAAGGCUGGGUAAAACUUUAGUUUCAAUUCCAGAAAAGUAACCUUGGAGCACAUGGGAGUGUGACUACCACAAUUGUCUGCAACUCUUUUAAAGCAGCUAUAUCUUUCCCAAGAUCUUGUUGCCGAUAAGACCACAUCUAGUCCCAUGCUAGGACCAGAUGUGCAUUUUAAAGAGUUGCAAGCAAGUUCCCAUUUCCAUAUGUCCCAGAAUUUACUUUUCACAGUUAUUUCCGAAAUGAAACAGUGCUAUAACAAUUAGUUCCAGGUGUUCAUGUAAGGGAAAAAAACUUUAUUUGGUCAAAUAGAUUAAAAAUCUGCUGAUGGGAAAUAAAAACCUAACAUUUCCUCCAAAGUAAUGCCAUGUAUGUAGGCUAUUUAAUUCUUUGAAUUCUUGUCAUUAUAGUUUGAAUAAAAUAAUAAGUUUGAAAAAUGAGUAACGCUUAUAAUUUUAGAUCAAUCUGAAAUCUGAUUCCAGAGACAUUCAAAGCCAAAGUAAGCAAUUUUUUGGCAAUUUUUCCAGUAGUGAACAAUUAUAAAGAGGGGAUAGUAAGAGAAUGACAAUAUAAGAGAAAGUGUAGCUGUUAAUAUUUUGCCUAUUCAUUUUUGUGGGAAUGGGUGCUAAGAAUUCCUAAUCAGAACCAUAACCUUUCUAUUUUAGGAACAAAUUGCUUUUCAGGGUGCCUUUGGAUUUUAGAAGUGUGAUCUGCAGAGCUCUAUGGGAUAUAAAAAAGGGGGGAAGGGACAUUUCCAUUUGGGGCUCAUGGGAUUAGGGACCUCUGCUAUACAGUAUUUCGGCUAUAAAACCUAUGGGGCAGCUUCUUGCUCAAUCUAAGUGAUGGUCUUAAUUUUUUGAGUCAAAUCCUUAUGUAAUUUUAAGGAAAAGUGCAUUAAAACUACAUUUAAAAAACUCGUUUCCACUGUUCAGAUACUGUAUUUAAUUGAAAUUUGUUUCUACAAUAACAUGAUGAAAGGUGCUCUGUUUAUCUCAUGUUGUAGAAAGCUUUAAGAUAAAGUACCAUGAAAAGCCUUCAGCUAUACUUGUAUGUAAAGAUUUCAAGAGGAAUCAUUUGUAUCUUUGCAAUAACUACUUGUGUCUUCUUUUAACCAUUUCAUCUGUCACACAAAAUAUCAUGGCAGCUGUUUGAAACAGGUUUCUGAAUUAGUACAGAGAAGAGCAAUAUGGAAAAAAAUGUUUGUUAAUGACUGAUGUCUUUAUUUUCUUCAAUGUUUUAACACAAAUUACAUAUAUCUUCUUCAUGCUGUUAAUUUUUUCUGGUCUAACUUGGAAUUGCUCUAGGUGUUUUUUGGAUAUAAAUAUUUGGUUCUAAUAUAUGCUUUCAUUAAACUGGAGAUGUCAUUCACUAAACAAAUGACUAUGAUAAGGUGUUUUUUUAAAUCAUUUUGUACAUCCCAUUAAAUAACACAAUUUUUGAUUUUCAAUACAUGCAAUACUUGGAAUGUUUUUCCAUACAUAUUUUAAGAACAAAAAUAUUUAUUCUGGAAAACUGCAUUUCCAAUAAGUCAAUAAAUCCACAUCCCUAUGUUUUAAUGAUUUUGCUUCCAUAUUUCCCUGAAAAUAAGACUGGCUCUUACAUUUUUUUGGAGAGUCCAAAAUAAGCACUAGGGCUUAUUUUCAGGAAAUAUAAUUUCAGGGUGAUCAGCUUGAUUGGCCGCCCCACCCACCCCGGCACACAUAGAAAAGAUAGUGAGCACACAGAUGCUAACAUCCGACAGCAGCUACAGUCAACUGGCCACUCGGUUGGCACACACUGGGGUUGUGCAGCCUGCACAGCACAGGUGAGGUAUUACCUGUCCAACCAGCAGGCAGUGGCAGAGGCAUGCAAUCCAGACAUGCCACAUGGGCUAUGGGAAAGCUGAGAGUCAUUGGGUCAGAGCAGGUAGGCAGCCAUGGAAGGCUCAUCUUCGUGUUGUGACACUUGCAGCAGGAAGAGGUGUGGUGGGGAGGCACACAAUCUGGAUGCACUGCGGGUGCUGCUGGCAAGCCAAGAGAUGGUGGGAAGGAGUGGGCAGACAGCUGUGGGAGACUUGUUUUCUCAGGCUUGCUGUGGCCCGUGCAGUGUGUUGGGAUCACCUGCGUUCCUCCCCAUGCCUCCGCCUCCAUCUGCUUCCAGUAACAUCAUGUGAAGACAAGCCUCCUGCAGCAAUCCACAUACUAUGGCCCAUUGACUCUUGGCUUUCCCACAAUCCAUAUGAAAUAUCCAGAUCACCUGCCUCUCCCCCUCUGCCUCCACCUGUUGCUUGGGCAGGUAAUCAACUCACUUGUACUGUGUAGGCUGUUGCUGUUGCUGGACACCAUUGGCCCCGACCCCCUCUCCGCUUCCGGUGCUUGCCAUGCUCAUCAACCCCCUAGCUGAUGACAAUCUUCAUUAGGUCUUAUUUUUGGAGUAGGGCUUAGAUUAGACCUGCUUAAAAAUCAGGCUAGGCUUAUUUUCAGGGUAGGUCUUAUUUUUGGAAAACACAAUAUUUCCAGUUCCCAGAAACACAAGACAUUGGAUUGUUACUUGUUUUAUAGGAUUAAGACUUGGUGUUGAGUCACACAUUUAACAUUAAGUAAAACAGGCGGAGUUCAUUUCUUACAACAAACUGAAAACAAAAGAUUUAUAUAACUAUGUGUAAAUCAGCUAUAGUCAAAGGAUAGAUUGAUAGUUGAAUAGAGCAUGUUUCUCAAA